UGUCUGUGUGUGUGCGUCAGGUGUAGCGGCGAUAUCGGUGCGCUCACCGCUGCGCUGCAGCCGCUGUUGCUGCAGGGGGAGCAUCCGUCCAACAGCCUGCAGUGCUGCGAUGCGCGGCAGCUCCUCUCUGCGCCUCUUCCCCCCGCAUAAUCGUUUUCAAGACCUCCGAGGAACAGAUUCGUGAGAGAGGGGCGAGCUCCGUGCAGCAGGGAGGUGAAAGAGUCUGUAGUGUGCGUCUUAACUGAGAUGGAGAAGGCGCUUGCUCAUUUCCACGAAUGUUUACAUGGUUUCUGGAGAUGCAGGUGUCAACAGAGGUUUUCCUUUCAAUGACUGGAUAGAGGCAGUGAGGUUCCAGGAUGCGGUCCAUGAGGAAGACGGUGUUGCUAGUCAUCUUGGUGUCUGUGGUGCUAGUACUGGCUCUCCUCCAUUCGUGGCCCACUCGGGGUUAUACCACAGUGGAUGUUUGGCAGCGACCAGCGUUUAUAGUAGAGAGGCAUCUGGAAGAGAGGGUCCCUGAGUCAGACCAUCGAUUGAGCAAUAUUCCCUUCCAUGUAAGGGAUAAUGUGGCGAGUUUGCUGGCACGUAAUGGAUGCAUAUGUGAGGGCGAAAGUGGGGGGGUAAACCUACCGUUCGCACAACUCUUGUUCCCGCGGGUGUCAGCUCACCCGCUGCACACUGCCUUCGAGGCUUCAGAGCUGGAGGAGAUGAAGAGGAGACGGGCUAAAGAGUACAGCAGCUUUCAGACGAGGUCAAAGACCCCUGCAGAUCUACUCAUUAUUGCUGAGGCUAACAGCCCCUUGCAGUAUCCGACACAGGGGGUGGAAGUACGACCCCUGAAAACAAGCAUCAUCCCAGGCUUGGCCUUACAUGACCUUCCCAGAGAUAAUUACUCAAUAAACAUCACUGCCACGCUGGGAACUCUAAAUGUGGCCGCGGAGGUAGACGAGGUGAAAAUCAAAGGUGAUGGCGAGAUGCACAUGACUCUUUCCAGCCGCCUGCUGCCGAACAUGAACCGACAGCUGCAGUUCGUCACCUACACGAACACGCUGUUUCAUCCCAGCACGGCAGACACAGUGCAGCUUGAGACAGAGGGACAUCAAGCUGUCUUCAGCAUCAAGAUCCGACACGGAACAACACCUAAACUGUACAACACUGGAUCCAAAGGAGAGUACAACAUCAGCGCCCUCGUGACAAUAGCCACAAAAACCUUCCUGCGUUACGAUAAGCUUAGAGAUCUUAUCGACAGCAUCAGAAGAUACUACCCUACUGUUACCAUAGUUAUAGCUGAUGACAGUGAAAAUCCCCAAACCAUCUCUGGGCCUUACAUCGAACAUUACAUCAUGCCCUUUGGAAAGGGUUGGUUUGCCGGCCGAAACCUAGCCGUGUCCCAGGUGACCACGAAGUACGUACUGUGGGUGGAUGAUGACUUCAUCUUCACAGCCAACACCAAGCUGGAGAAGCUUGUAGAUGUUUUAGAAAGGACCACUCUGGAUCUAGUGGGUGGUGCAGUGCGGGAGGCCACGGGGUACACCGCCACCUACCGUCAAACCAUCUCCAUUGAGCCAGGAGAGGAAGAUGGUGACUGUUUACACAUGAGGAGAGGAUUUCAUCACGUCAUUGAAGGCUUCCCCAACUGCGUUGUGACUGAUGGGGUCAUCAACUUCUUUUUAGCUCGCACAGACAAAGUCCAGCAGGUCGGCUUUGACCCACGCCUCACCAGGGUCGCUCAUCUGGAGUUUUUCAUCGAUGGCCUCGGCUCUCUCCAUGUGGGCUCUUGCGAUGAUGUCAUUGUCAAUCACGCGACCAAAAUCAAACUACCCUGGGUUCCUCCGCUCUCCCCGAGUUGCCAAAGAAGUUCUCCUCCCCCACGCCCUGUCAGAUAAAAUUUUGGUUUGCCUUCUCUUGAGAACCUUGAAAUUAUUUUUCCAGCUUCAGCCUUUAGAGCAGUUUUAGCAUGUUUUAUCUGUCAGUGCACAGCUCUGCAGUGAGCUAAAAAGUCCUCUAGCAUCUAGAAGCCCAACAGAAAAAUUUAGGCUUCCUUUUUGGUGUGAAGACAGGAGAAAAUGAGCUGCAGUGCCCAGUAACAUCUUGAGUCAUAAAGGGAUCUUGCUCAUACCCUGCACAAAGACCAGGCUUUGGGAGAACCGAACAGGUAGCAGCCAGUGUAACUUCAUUGUCAUGCUGUUUUGGGUAGAUGUGCAUGCAUUCUCCUUCGAUUUGCACUAGCCGAAUAUAGAAUUGAGCUUGGAACAAGGUCUUUCUGUCAGUGACAACAAACCCUAUCAGUUAAGUGACAGAGCUGCAGACUCGGAGCUCCAGUGUGACCUUCUUGCCAAUGCCACAUGAAGAACGUGUUCCAAGUCUUUUCAUUUGUCGGGUUCUGCUACUGACUGGCCGUGCCAAAGGUCUGGAUGCUGCUAGCUCUUGGGUGCUUUAAUCUGUGUGUGCAUUAUGGUUUUACUGCCCAUUACCCAGAAUCCUUUUGUGUCACCCAUGGAGAGAUAAGUAAGAUCUGAGGAGGAGAACCUUUUGGUCUCAGUUCAUCAGGUGUUACCUGGUUGCGGGAGCAGCUGUAAUCGUCGUCUUCUGCUGUUUGUCUGUUUCCCCAACAAGCAUCUGAGGAAAACGAGGCGUUUGAGUGCUCACCACCGGAUCUUUACAUGUGGCCAAAAGAAACAUUGGUUGAACUAAAGUACUUGUAAAAUACUCACAUCAUUAUGAAAAGAGGAUGGAGAAGGGGGGGGGGGGAUGAAGCAAGAAUACAGUUUUUAUACUGAAACUCCUCUUUGGAGCACUCCUGCAUGUCAGAGACUCAAGUGGUGAUGCUGUUCUUUUAUACCAUGGUCUUUAGAUGGCGCCCUUGUAUCACUGUAUUUGUUUCCUAAGCAAGUUUUUUAACUUUGUUUUGUUAGCAAUAAGGUGCCAGAGAUUUAUCAACUGUUUUUUUUAAUCCCCAAGAGAAAUAUCGACUUAUUUGUAACUAUUUUAUUUAUUAAUUUAUUAACAAUUUGUUUGCCUUUUAUUAGAUAGAACAGUGAAGAGAGUCAAGUAAGCAGGGGGGUGUCGGGUCAGAAAGCAGCACAUCGGAAUCGAACCUGAUCUGCUCUGAGCUACACCGGCAUCUGUUUGUGACUUUUAAUUCAUUUCUAUUUUUCAUCAAAAUGUGACGUUCGUUCUGUUGAUGGAAGAAACUAACAGCAGUGUUCCUGCUGCUUGGUUUGUAUGUAGUUGUGUACUGAAGAAUUUGUCUCACAUUUUAAUUUGUAAGUGUUGACAGAUGUAGAAUUUUUUUUAACAGUGAUGUUUAUUGUGUGGACACAGAAAUCAUUUGCUGCCUGCUUCACCCACCCACCCCCACACCCAAAACAAAAAAAUAUGAGUUGUUUGAGCA